AGAGGGCAGGAUACACCUGUCCGGCAGGCUCGACCGGCCCCGCAGAGGUGGGGGGGGGCCGGCGCACGGCGGAGACCGGGCGUCCGUGGCGCCAUGGGGGCGGGCUGCGGCUGGGCCGUCCUCCUCGAGUGGGCCGCGGUCUGCGCCGUGGUCGCGCUGCUGCUGCGCGCCUUCUGGGAGGCGCGCUCCCUGCACGGCCAGGGGGCCCUCCACCAGGUCUUCGUCUGCGACGCCGGGUUCCUGGCCGCGUGCCUGUGCUGCUGGGGCGCCCGCGUCGGCCUGGACGCCUGCCUGCCCCACGCGCGCCGGGUGCUGCGCGGGGCUCGCGCGCGGGCGGCCGCGUGCCUGGGGCGCGCGCGGCCGGCCUCCGCGGCAGCCGUCACGCCCGCGAGCGCGGUGCCUCUGCUGCCGCGCGGCGAGCCCGAGCGGCUCCCGCCCGGGGACGAGCUCCCGGGCGGCGGGAGCGCCCAGGCUCGGCAGGCCGAGGAGGCCGACCAGGAGGGGGCCAGCCUGACCAAGCAGCACUACCUCGAGUUCCUGGUCCUCGGCCGGAGGCUGUUCCUGUUCCUCUCAGUGGUUUCGGUCUCCAGCGCGUUCUUCAUCUGGGACUCCGGCCUGCUCUUCACUGGUCGCAUGCAGGGGACGGUGGUCAUCAACAGCAUGUACACGGCUUGGCCUCGAGAGCCCAGCAACUCGUCUUGCCAGUUGGGCUUCCCCGGCAACGGCUCCGAGGUCAUCACAGACGGCGGGAACGGUUCUGAGGCCCGCGGCUUCAUCGUCUCCUCUCGAGUGGCCGAGCAGCGCGGCAUGAGCCGCAGCCGCGAGCCCUGCGGGGCCCUGUCCGCGUGGCACGCCCCAGCGGAGUGGCUCACCUCGGAGGAGCACGCCCCCGACCCCACGUUCCGGCAGUGCGCCUUCCUGGCCACCCUCUGCAACGCCUCGGAUCUGGCGUACGUCCCGCCCAUGGCCCGGGGCGACGUCAACGUCUCCGACCCGGCACAGUGCUGGCUCUUUCGGUCCGUCGUGGAGCCGGCGCAGGCGGGGCCGGAGGCCUGGCUCUGCAAGGGCGAGGACACCGAGGGGCAGCGCACGGUGGCCGUGCUUGCUCUGACGCUCGUCUACGGCAUGGCGGCGGCCAGCUGCGGCGUGUGGCAGGUG